AUGUCAUCAUUUAGCUCAUCCGACAAAUAUAUAAGGAAGGGAAUUUUUCCCGUGCAGCAGCAGGCCGGUGCCAGCUCUGCGCGUACAUUGUGUCAGUCUUCGUGUAGCCAUCACAGCGCUGCGAACGUUGCCGCUCCUUGCCUGACCACCUCUGCUGCCGUUGAAUAUAUGUCUGUCGUCGCUGUUCCUGCUGCCACGCCUGCCGCUGUUCCCCGUAUCCACGCAAAGAGCCAUCAGCGCGCCGCCUCGACCCCUGACGGGAUGUAUGUGCAGUACAGGAGAAUCUCGAUAUCCGAGUUGUUGAACAGCGAGGCGUCUGGAGGGCGCACCCGCAACAAGGAGGCUGCCGCGCACCCGACGGCGAUCCUGACGACGGGGCUGUCGACGCCGGUGACGACACUGUCCUCGCCGUCGUCGCUGGCGCCCACCGGGACGCCGAAUUUCUACGUUCCGCCGCGCACAGCCACGCCGAGCCCGAACUCGAUCAUGAAGCGCCCACAGGGCCGUCCUAUCACGCAGAAGCUGAUCGGCAAGUUCACCAUCUACGACUGCAAGGAAGAUCUCAUCCUCGAUCUGAUACGCACGGAAUGCCUGCAGCUGCUGCAGGGGCCCUCGGUACCUAUUGUCAAGAGGCCGAACAUGUCCUGUCUGCAGAAGGUCGUUGACCUGAAAGAACCGAGCAUAUACGACCAGCUGAAGGUGCAGUUCCAGACGGGCGACACACUCCAGUUCAUCAAACUCAUUCGCGACCACAAGGGCAAGCUCCUGCGCCUGGAGACCGUCCCGUGCAACGAGUCGCAGAUAAACAUCGACUUCAUCAAGCGCAACGUCUGCUACCCCAGAUACAAAUCUAACAUGAAGUUCUACUUGAUACGGAGCGACUCGCUCCAGAAGAAAUUUAUCUACUACCACGACAGAAUUACCUUCGAGAGAGAAAGGCAUCUCAUAGAUUCGAAUAUCGAGGUCUGGGUGAGAUAA